AGGAAUGGCUCAACCUUGCUUUUCUGUUCAUUUGUAAUUAUAAUGUUCGGAAUCUGGAUUGAAUUGCCGAUCUUACGGGAUGUGGAUGGAAAAUGUAAUAGAUAAGGAAAUUCUUAGCUGAAACCUGCAAUCCUGUGCCAAAUCUUUCUGCUUCCAUAUACAGCACAGAGCUUUGCAACAGAUUAAGAGCCUUCCUCAUAUAUUGUCCACCAAUGGGCCCAUCAUCACCUGUGGCAGAACUUGUUAUUGCCACAUCAGAUUUUCAGAGAUAUCUUGUACGCUGGGGUAUUGGUUCCAUCAAAGGUGGAGUAGAUGCAAAAGAGUUGUUCCAUUUGUAUAUUCUUGUUUGGAUACAAGAUAAACGUCUAUCUUUGUUGGAGUCGUGCAAAUUAGAUAAGGUGAAAUGGUCAGGAGUUAGAACACAACAUUCUACUACUCCCUUUGUUGAUGAUAUGUAUGAGCGGCUGAAGGAGACAUUGACAGACUACGAGGUCAUCAUUUGUCGUUGGCCAUAAUAUACCUUGGUCUUAGAGAAUGUCGUUGCUAAUAUUGAAAAGGCCAUUGUGGAAGCUUUAGACAAACAAUAUGCGAAUGCAUUAUCUCCUCAAAGAAAGCAUGGGUCCUAAGAAAUUUGGGCUUAAUAAAUAUGUCCAAAAACUUGCCAAACAAUCUACAUGUGCCUAUGUGGUUCCUGAUGAGGUGAGUUGAAUUUCUGAAAAACUCAAGUGUUCUUCUGGCUUGUAUAUAUUUUGUUUUUGUUUUUUUGAUAAGCAAAUGUUUUAUAGUUUGAUG